AUGGGUAGACGUCCAGCGCGUUGCUAUCGCUACAUCAAAAAUAAGCCGUAUCCGAAAUCGCGCUUCUGUCGUGGUGUUCCUGAUCCUAAAAUUCGAAUCUUCGAUUUGGGAAAGAAAAGGGUUUUUUUUAAAAUUCAAAUCCCGUGUUCAAAGAGAUUUCGCUGAAUUUUAAUUAGCCUUCAGAUGAUGAAAAAGAUUUUUUGCGGAAAUCAUUUUGGACACGGCAUAAAAGCUGGUUUUUAUGCGCUAAACCACGCUGUAGGAAUCUGCUACAAUCCAACUCAUGUUUUUAAACAAGAAAAAAAUAAUUUUGCUACGCGGGAGUAUUAGCUUUAAACGCGGCGCUAUGCUGUGUUGAAAGUGCGAUUUAGCUCGUACUUAUGAACAAGAAAAACUGUUCCCGUGUGUUAAGAUAAUAUGAUUACAGGCAAAUGUUGACGAAUUCCCAGCAUGCGUUCACAUGAUGUCCAACGAGCGAGAACAUCUCUCUUCAGAAGCUCUCGAAGCUGCUCGAAUUUGUGCUAACAAGUACAUGGUGAAAAAUUGCGGAAAGGUUUGAACCAAGUCGAUUGUCUAUGAAGAAUCACGUUGAUUGCCUCUUGUUAGGAUGGCUUCCAUCUCCGUGUUCGUAAACACCCCUUCCACGUCACUCGCAUCAACAAAAUGCUUUCCUGCGCCGGAGCUGAUCGUUUGCAAACCGGUAUGCGCGGAGCUUAUGGAAAGCCGCAAGGUCUGGUCGCACGUGUUGACAUCGGCGACAUUCUUUUCUCCAUGCGGAUCAAGGAAGCUGUAUGUGUCCUAGAAUUUUAUUUACGAAAAGAAUGGUUUAGAACGUCAAGCACGCCAUUGAGGCAUUCCGACGUGCCAAGUUCAAGUUCCCUGGUCGUCAGCUCAUCGUCAUUUCUCGCAAGUGGGGAUUCACAAAGUGGAACAAGGCGGACUACGAGCGUAUGCGUGCAGAAGGACGGCUGCGCCCCGAUGGAGUCAACGUUCAGCUUCAGCGUGAGCACGGUCCUUUGACUAAAUGGGUCAACAACCCCAUUUAA